CCAGCUCGGCCAAGUGCCCCUCACACGCACACAUUGUUCUGUGUCCAGCUGUGCCUUGUUCUUCUGUGGGCCGAGAUGACGACAGAACAAGUCGGGGUGGAGGGAGAAGGAGACUGAUUCAGAGCAGUAUGCUCAUUCUGUGUUAGCAUUGCGCUGUGAUAUCAAUGCAUGCAGCCUGAGGUAUUGUGCCCUAGUACAGAGCCGGAAUAAAAAUUCAAAAAUCCAGAUCCCAAGAUGCAGUGGUGCAAGUGGGCUGGCAGUUGGAGAUCACACCUAUCAAGACAGCCUGCAGGGCCGGACAUCGAGGACUCUUUCGACUUCCUUUUCAAAAUCAUCCUGGUUGGAGAUUCAGAUGUGGGGAAGACCUGCGUAGUCCAGAACUUCAAAUCUGGCAUAUUCACAGAAAAGCAGCAAAAUACCAUAGGUGUGGAUUUCACUGUCCGCACCCUGGACAUUGAUGGCAAGAAGGUGAAAAUGCAGGUGUGGGACACAGCAGGACAGGAGCGUUUCCGCACCAUAACUCAAAGCUACUACCGCAGUGCCCACGGGGCCAUGGUGGUCUACGACAUCACGCGCCGCAGCACAUUUGAAUCGGCUCCCCACUGGAUCAGGGAGGUGGAGCAGUUUGGAGCUUCCAGCGUGGUACUGAUUCUCAUUGGUAAUAAGUCCGACCUUCAGGCUCAGAGGCAGGUGUUGUUCGAGGAUGCGUGCACUCUGGCCGAAAACAACAGUGUGCUGGCUGCUCUGGAAACCUCAGCCAAGGAGGCCCAGAACGUGGAGGCAGCCUUCAUCCUCAUGGCCCGGGAGCUGCUGGCCCGCAACGGCAUGACCAUCGUAGAGGAGAUUCCCCAAAACUCGCCGCAAUUCAUGUUGAGUAACAGCUCUCACCCGGUCCACGGCACCGCAACUUCCAAUAGAAAGUGCAGCUGUUGAGUGAGUUGUUAAAGAACUGUUUUAAAUGUGGUGUCAGCCGUUUGAGUUUAGGCUGUAUAUUGUGUGGGUGUGUGUGGUUUUGUUUUGUACAUAUUUUGACUACUAAUAUUUAUACAGUUCUUGGAAUUAGUUAUUUGUAAAUGGUAUUUCGUGGUAUACUCCCGAGCUGAAUGUGAUAGUAAACCCAGCAUUACAAACAGGCCCUCUGCUGGACAACUCUGUACUAAGAAAUUACUAUAAUAUACCACAUUUUUCACAUGUUUUUGUGUCUUUUAUUGUUUAAGGGGAAAUAACCCAGUUAGGUAGGUAGGCUGUGCAAACCAAGUGUUUCUUUAUAGAGCUCUUCCUGCAUUCAUCCUAAUGUCCUGCAGCUUAACUUUGAACUAUAUGUCUCAUCCAUAUAAAUACGCUAAUAAUAUAUAAUAUUAUACUAUAAUAAUCUGAUUGUCUUAAAAAUGCAUGUAACUCAACACUUAGACUUCAGUGCAUUCCAAAACGAGUAACGGCAGUGUCGUACAAAGGCAGGAAUGGACACAAUGUCCGUCUUGAUGAACUUGAGUUGUUGACAUACAGUUUAAGGGUAGUAGGUAGGGGCCCUUUGCGUGUACAAUAAUAAAAAAUGCACUAAAAAUA